UGGCCCACCUUCCCAAUGUCGCUCCCCUCCUUCGCCAAGGGCGACGGCGUCGAGAUCCUCCGCCCCGGCCCCGGCCCCGGCCCCGGCCACGGCCACGGCCACGGCCCCGCCCUCCCCUUCGCCCUCUACCCCGCCACCGUCCUCCGUUCCCCCGCCCGCGCCAAGAAUCUCGUCUUCGUCGAGUACCUCACCCUCACUCGCGGCGGCGGAGGCGGCGGCGGCGGCGAGCGGGGGCGGCGGCUGAGGGAGUACGUGGAGUUGGCCCGGGCGAGGCCCGCGCCGCCGCGGGAGCUGCACGAGCGUUUCCGGGUAGGGGAGGAGGUGGACGCCUAUCGGGAGAAAGGGUGGCAUUUCGGCGUCAUCAGGGAGAUUCGGGAGGACUCCAAGUAUCUGGUCGCGGUGGGAGGCGGGAGGGAGGAGGUGGAGUUCGGGCAGUGGGAGUUGAGGCGUCAUCGCGAGUGGAGCGGCGAUGGGGUUUGGAGCCCGCCCUUCGCCGGCGAUGAGAAGCGGGAGAAAUCAUCUACGAUGGAGUUAAAGUCUCGCAAGAUAAGAUUCAAGAUGAGACUCGAUAAGAGGACAUCAUUGCCACCCCCAGAGUUUGGAAAGGGUAUAACCGUGGAGGUCAGAAGUGACGAAAAAGGUUAUGAAGGUUCUUGGUUUUCCGCAAUUAUCGUUGACUAUAUAGGAAAUGACAAGUAUCUGGUCGAAUACCUAACCUUGAAAACAGACGACGAAACUGAACCUUUGAGGGAAGAAGCAUAUUCACGGUACAUCAGGCCCUUCCCUCCUCAUCUUGCAGCCAAAUGUUUCGAGCAGCUUGACAAAGUUGAUGCUUGGUACAAUGACGGAUGGUGGGUCGGUGUAAUUUCCAAAGUUCUAAAUGGCUCCCAGUAUGUUGUCUACUUCAGCACAACCCAUGAAGAACUAAUUUUCAAUAUGUCUAAUCUGAGGCUUCACCAGGACUGGAUUGAUGGCAAGUGGGUCAUUGCUUCCCGGGAUAACUCUACUGAGGUGGCAUCGCGAAUGCCAAGUUUCAGGGGUAACACGGAGUAUGGCAAAACGAAUAGAAACGUGAAAUUCGGUAAGGGAAUGAAAGUGGAGGUGAGAAGCGAUGAAGAUGGUUGUUGGGGCUCUUGGUACACUGCAGUGAUCAUUGAUACUAUUGGAGACAAGUUUUUGGUUGAGUAUCAGACUUUGAAAACAGAUGAUGAAACCGCAUUCCUUAAAGAAGUAGCAGAGAGUUCACAUAUAAGGCCUUUUCCCCCUGACAUUGAACGUGUACAUACUUUUGUGCGGCACGAAAUGGUUGAUGCUUGGUAUAAUGAGGGCUGGUGGGUAGGUCAUAUUUCCCAAAUUCUUGGGGGCUUGAAGUACAAAGUCUACUUUAUAACAUCGAGUGAGGAAUUGGAAUUUGAACAUCAGGAUCUUAGACCUCAUCAAGAAUGGAUUGGUGGUCGAUGGGUUAUUACUUCCAGGGGUCGUAAUUCUGUUUGAAGCAGUCGACUGUGCAGUAACUUCUGGCCUCUGCUUCAAUCGUAAGUUUACUUCUGACUCAUUGCUUGGUCCCACAUGAUGCUGUUGUCCACAUCUUGCAAUGGCCGACUCCUAUGGUUAGCUUCUUCCGUUCGCUGGUCCUGUUUUGAAGGUUGAUUACGUAUAGGCUCCUAGCUCAGUACAGAUUGUGAAUAUGUCUAGUUCUCGUAGAAAGUUCUGUAUGGCUGCAACUUGAUCCAUUGAAUCCGGCUAGUGUCUCAGGCAGUUGACGGUCAAUGUGGCAGAUUAGUGAGCUUUCGAAUUACAGUUUAGCUAAAUGUUACAUUUGGUGGUCCCCUGUGUUGUUGAUGUUGGUUCUUGGAGUGCAUCAAAGCAGUCAAAUUGGAAUACUGAAUAUGUAUAGGUCUGGUUGGCGAUCAUACGGCAUAGCUGUGCCGAGAUCGCCGCGUGUUAUGCAUCUGAAUACCGAUGUGCACGUUGCACAAGUGCUUUAACUUCUCCUCAAUCAAACCUUUGUCCUCUGUUCAACCUUGCUCUUUGGAUGGCAUGUCACUUGCAUUUACGAGGCUAUAUGUUGAUCUGA